AUGCUGUUUGUUAGGCUCGGCGGUCGAAGGGCUGUGUCUCUGGCCCAAUGCGGUCGCGUACAUAGCAGCAGCAACCGUCUUCUUCACGCGUUGCCAUCAUCGGCACGGCAUCGGCCAACGCUGAAGCUUAGUGCCUGUGCCAGUGCCAGUGCCAUUCUCAACCACCCACUCCAGCCCCAAUCGCGCCCGCGACUUGUCGCCCUCUAUGCGUCGCGGAGUGACGGUCAACCCCCCAGCACGGCAAGCAAGAUCGUUGCGAAGCUACCUACGUUGCCAACCAACCUCCGCGAAGAUAUCCGCACUCUCCCGAACCUGUUGACGCUUUCGCGCCUCGUGGCCGCGCCCUUUGUGGGCUACUUUAUCCUUCACGAGCAGCAUGCUUGGGCCCUGGGCCUGUUUGCGUAUGCCGGCGUGACGGAUUUGCUGGAUGGGUGGAUCGCGAGGCGGUGGAAGCAGCAGACAGUCGUCGGGACCGUGAUCGAUCCGAUGGCGGACAAGGCAUUGAUGACGAUCCUGACUGUGUGCCUUGCCGCUCAGGGGUCUCUUCCGGUGUGGCUAGCAACAAUCAUCCUGGGCCGCGACGUGGGCCUCGCCAUCUCCGCCAUCUACUACCGUUGGAUCUCCCUCCCGCCGCCAAAGACCUUUGCGCGGUACUGGGACUUUUCCCUGCCCUCGGCCGAAGUCCAUCCCACGACGAUCAGCAAAUACAACACGUUUCUCCAGCUCGUCCUCAUCGGCCUGACGACAGCCGCGCCCGUGUUUAGCUACGACCUAUCGACGGCUUUGACUGCCAUGCAAUAUAUCGUUGCUACUACAACCAUUUGGAGCGGCGCAAGCUAUAUAUACACCAAGGAUGCGGUCAAGAUUCUUGCACCGCCCAAGACUUGGCCUCCAAAGGUAUAA